AUGUCAGUACUCUACUACAUCGCAGUGCUUAUGAUUAACCAGAAAUCUGACAAGCAAAUUAGUUGGAUGAUCAUUUUCGAUUACCUGCUCUGCAUCACACAUAUCUUCAUCCUCGUUAGCAUCAGAAUUGAAAUGGAGAUGAUUCAACACUUCCAGCAAGAUUGGUACAUUUUCAUCGCCUGUGCUGUUGGACACUUGUCCCACAAUUUCAUGCUCUUCGGUCUGUUUCUCGUGAAAAAUAACUGCCAGGAGGAUACUAAGCCAUUCGAGGUUCUUCAACAGGCCGAUUCCGAUGACACAAACAAGGAAAAAAGCAAAGUGAAGAUUGCUUCAAUCAAACAUGUUUGA